GUGUGUGUGUCUAGUGCUUUGAAAACUUGGAGGAUAAUGAUGAUUAAAAUUAAUAAUAGUAGGCUUUAUGUAACACUAUGAUUUUCAAAACUCUUUACAAAUUUUAUAUCAUUUUAUUCUCACAGAGUAGAUGCAGACAACUAAAGUGCACAGUGGAUAGAACUCUAGGACUGAGUUCCAAUCCAGCCUCAGAUGCUUACUAGCAGUUACCAAAAGAAUUUCACAAGAGGAUCAUCUGAAAUAAACAAAAUUUUGAUCCAUUUCUGUUCAGAGAAAAAUGUAGUGGCCCAUUGAAGAAGUUGUUGAAGCUGGGCCUGAUUGUGGGACCUGCUUGACAUGGCUUGGUUGUUGCGCCUGAUUCUUCUGGUGGCUCCCUGUUACCUGGCGCUAAUACCGAGGGAAAACUUGAUAAUCACUCAGAGUCCUGCAGGGAACCUGCAGCUACAAGUAAGACAAUCUGUUGAAAUAACCUGCUCCUGGAAUGUCUCUUCUGAAGUGGAACAGUUUCGAGUUGAAUGGAAAAAAAGGAACUAUCCCAAAGACAGUGUAACCAGUCCGUGGAUUCUAGACCAGGGAAUUCUCAUUCAGAAGCACUUGUACAAUUACACUGUCAGUCUACAAUUCAGUUCAGGCCUCAGGAAGGAAUGUCUAAAACUGGAAAAUGUAAACAAAAAUCACUCUGGAAUUUACUUCUGUGAAAUAACAAUUGAAAUACCUACAUUUGUGCAAGGAAAAGGAAAUGGAACUUUUCUGACUGUAAAAGAAAAGGAUGAAAAAUCAAAAUUAAAAUGGCUCUGGUGGGCUUUGGCCAUCUUUCUUUUCCUAAUAUUAUAUAUCUGCUUGAGCUAUUACUGCAAGAAGCAAAGGAAUUCACCCAGAUUUGAGUCAAACAGAACUGACGAGGAGGAAGGAGAAGAGGAUGAAUAUAUUAUCAUGGAAAACAAACAUAAUAAAGUAGAAAGAACCCUAUCUAAUACAACAGAAUGGGCUGUUUCUGUCCUUUAUGAACCCAUGAACUCUUUUGCUAAGAAGCCAGUUGAACUGAAUGAUAAUGACAUCUACACUUUAAUCUAUUCAAAUUCAUUACCAGCACCGAAUACAGAGCCAUCAGCCAUUGAACUCACCACCAGCCCUUGUGCUCCAGAAGCACACAGAGAGGUACAAGGGAAGGGAAGAAGCCUAAAUGUCAGUUAUAGACAGAGUUCAUUCUCUUCAGCCAGUACCGACUUGACCUCACCCACGAUCCAAACAAAGCAAGAGACUGGUGUCCAAGAAAACAAAGAAUAUGAAGUCCUGGAAUAUCAUCUAAUUAAUUCAACCUCUCCAUUUUGCAAAGAAAACUGAGGCUUAGAAUGGAAAGAAAAUGACUUCUGUCAAGUUCAGUGAGUCAAGAUCAGGACCCACGUCCCCUUUCCAGAGCUAUUAAUUUGGACUUUAAUAGACACUAGAUCUGUCUUUCUCCUGAUGGACUAGAGCAUCUGGGGAAAUCCUUUGAAUGGAAAGUACCCUUCAGGAAUGGGAAGAGCCCACAGGUACUUCACCUCAACUGAGCUGGGGGUUAAAUGGAUAAAGAUUCAACCUGUGAUUCAUUCUACAGAGAAUCCCAGAUGAAGAAGCUCUCUUUACUGAUGCAGGUGGGAACCUGCUCUGAAAUCUCAUUUCACUGAGUUGCUUAGGGCAAUGAGACUUGCCCAGAGUCACAAACUAUUAUGUGUGAGAGGCAGAAUUUGAACUCAGAUCUUUCUGGCUUUCUAUCCACUAUGCUAUGGAUAUUCCCCAUUAAAUGAUUGUAAAGUAUGGGCUAGCUCCCUAGAGGCUUUAGGGUCAGCCAGAUUCAGGAUGAAAUAAAGUCCUUGGUCUUUAGGGGGAGAAGUGAAGGAGGCAGGCAAGCAGAAUCCUUGAUUCUGGAGUCACCAACUUCUCUCCUCCUUGUCCUGCUGCCAAGUGACUCUGGCCCCUCUUUCCCAGCCCUCCAAUCCUUGCCUACGAUUAACUUAACAUUAAGCAUCCAGCAGGCACCAGUGGGAAGAGCCAUUUAUCCAAAUAUAUGCUAAUAGAGUCAUUGUCUCACAUCAAAUAAGUAAUUAGCCUUAUGUGCUCCAUUGUCUGAUUCAAGCAUACCUUUUUGAAGUUUCAGCCUUCUACAAAUGAUGCUGCCUGGACGUGUGCCUCCUUGUUUGAUUUCUGAUCAUUCUUUUAGUUUUGUUCUCUCUGGCUUUUGAGCCAAAGCUUUUAAAGCCUACCAGUACACUCCUGCUUGAUCCAUAGUCUAUACUUUUACUUGGUUUGAUAUUUCUGUCCUUGGACAUUGGCCAGUUUUUGGAUUUUGCUAUGGCCUCCUAGAUGGGCAGGUCUCCAUUUUUGGUAUCCACCCUAAGAAGAUUCUCCACCCUCUAUUGUUCACUUGCAGACUGCUGAUUAACCAGAGGUCUGAUACCACUCACUAAUCUCAUAAGGUCUCUUGUUACUUCUCACCUCCGAUUACAUUCAAUUAGUAUAGUUAGUACAGUGUGGGAAGAGUCACCAAGAUUCAUAGAACUGACACCAGACUCACAGAACCAGAGAAAUCCUUAGAGAUCAUCAAGAUCUACCUAUAUCUGAAUUGGCAAUCCCUCUAUGAUAUCUGAAAUCAGUGGUCAAUCAAGGUUUUGUUGGAGGACUUCCAGUAUUGGAAAAUCCUGGAGGGAAGUGAAAAGAUCCAAAGUGCCAUAUUUAAAAUGCUUCAAUAUUUCAAAAAAUCCAUGAUUUCAUUUGUGUUAGUACUCAAUCACAUAAACUGAUUUUGUCAAAAAUCUUCAUCAGCUAGUAGCCAGUGGGAUGAAUCAUUCUGCUAUUAUCUAAAUGCCUUCCCUCACCCCCAUCCUUACCUCCAGCCCUUGGUGGGAAUAGCCUCAGUUCCUAUGAAAUUCCCUUAGCUCAUCUUUUGCAUUUCUAUCCUUCACUGUGUCCAAGUUUUUUUUUUUUUACUUCCUGUAUGAAGCUUUUCCUUACCCCUGCUCCCCCAACUGCUAGUGAUCACUUUCUCCACUCUAUCCCAUAAGCCUGGGAAUAAUUCAGCCCUGAGUACGAUGCCUAAUGGAACCAAAGCAGCUUCUCUGGAGAUCAGCUCUUCCACUUGAGAUUGCCAGAGAGUUCACUCUUAACUAUUUUCUAAAUUUCCAUGAAUCCAACAGAUAUAGUAACAAAAUCUUGACUUUGAAGUCAAAAGACCUGGCACUGAAUCCUAAUUCUGUUGCUUACUGGGCAAGUUUGUGGAUUCCAGGUUAAGUCUGAGGACUCUUAGAACCCCUGGACUAGCUCAGUUUUCUUUUUUUUUUUUUAAUUUUUAUUUUUUGAAGUAUUAUUCAUUUUUAUUUUUUAUGAUAGACUCUUUUUAAAAAUUAAAGCUUUUUAUUUACAAAA